AUUCGGCACGUGCCGGGUGCAAAAGCGCAUCCUUCUAUCUGGAAUGUGAAUUCGGACGGCCCGGUUGCUCGUUCCCCCGUUCCCCCUUCUCUCCCGGAGCGAUCGCGAGGCAGAGGAGAAGGAGAAGGAGGACGAGGAUUUGUGGGUUUUGGGUUUUGGGAUUUGGGGGCGUAGAAUCGAAGAGCGAGGCGAAGCGAGGGGGAGACGAGGGCGAGAUGGGGUUUGUCAGUGCGGUGGUGGGGGGUGCGCCUGUGGUGCUGGGGCAGGGAGCAGCGAGGAGAUCGCUGGCUGGAGCCGCAUUGCGCAAGGAGGAGAGGAAGACGGCGAGGGUGAGCAAUGGGAGGAGCAGAGCCGUGCGCAUUUGCGCCGUGCAGGCGCCCGAGGCACCAUCGCAGACGGUGGAUAGUCCCGUGGGCGGCGAGACGAUUCUGAACAAGUUCAGCUCGAGAGUCACUCAGCCCAAGUCGCAGGGCGCGUCGCAGGCCAUCUUGUAUGGAGUCGGAUUGACCAAGGAUGAUAUGGAUAAGCCCCAGGUCGGCAUUUCCUCCGUGUGGUACGAGGGCAAUACCUGCAAUAUGCAUCUGCUGAAACUGUCCGAGGCCGUGAAAGAGGGCGUGCGGGAAGCCGGAAUGGUGGGAUUCCGCUUCAACACGGUCGGUGUCAGCGAUGCCAUUUCCAUGGGAACCGAGGGCAUGUGCUACAGUCUGCAGUCCCGAGAUCUCAUUGCCGACAGCAUCGAGACCGUGAUGGCUGGCCAGUGGUACGAUGGCAACAUUUCACUGCCGGGUUGUGACAAAAAUAUGCCAGGUACUGUCAUCGCUAUGGGACGGUUGAAUAGACCCAGCAUUAUGGUUUAUGGAGGAACCAUCAAGCCAGGAAUUGUGGGAGAGAAGAGCUACGAUAUUAUCUCAGCUUUCCAGACUUACGGAGAGUAUGUUGCCGGGACGUUGGAGGAGGAGGAAAGGAUGAGCGUCCUGAAGAAUGCAUGUCCAGGUGCAGGAGCUUGUGGUGGGAUGUAUACAGCAAAUACUAUGGCCAGUGCCAUCGAAGCUCUCGGCAUGAGUCUCCCAUACAGUUCCUCCAUUCCUGCUGAAGAUCCUCUGAAGAUUGAGGAGUGCAAAUUGGCGGGCAAGUAUCUUUUGGAGCUUUUGAAGAAAGACAUCAAACCGCGUGACAUUAUUACCAGGGCAGCUUUGGAGAAUGCCAUGGUGAUUGUCAUCGCCCUUGGUGGCUCCACAAAUGCCGUCUUGCACCUCAUGGCCAUUGCCAGGUCUGUUGGCUUGAACUUGACUCUGGACGACUUCCAAAGUGUUAGCGACAGAGUACCUUUCCUCGCGGAUUUGAAGCCAAGUGGCAAAUAUGUUAUGGAGGACCUUCACAAGGUUGGAGGCGUUCCAGCUGUAUUGAAAUACCUGUUGGAGAAGGGCUUUAUUGAUGGUAGCUGUCUUACAGUAACUGGAAAGACACUAGCUGAAAACCUUGAGAGUUGCCCACCUCUAUCAGACGGGCAGAAAGUUUUCAUGCCCCUUGAAACUCCAAUGAAGAAGACUGGUCACAUUCAAAUUCUUUAUGGUAAUGUUGCGCCACAAGGGAGCGUUGCGAAGAUCACUGGGAAGGAAGGACUAUAUUUCUCUGGGCCUGCUAGAGUAUUUGAUGGAGAAGAAGCCAUGUUGGCUGCACUUUCCAAGAACCCGCAGAGCUUCAAGGGUACGGUUAUCAUUAUCAAAGGAGAAGGCCCCAAGGGUGGUCCAGGAAUGCCAGAGAUGCUCACACCGACCAGUGCAAUCAUGGGUGCCGGUCUUGGCAAGGAUGUCGCUCUCCUAACCGAUGGAAGAUUUUCCGGUGGAUCUCACGGAUUUGUGGUUGGUCACAUUUGUCCUGAAGCACAGGUCGGGGGACCUAUUGGUCUGGUACGAGAUGGUGAUUUGAUCACCAUGGAUAUAGAGAAGCGGAGUAUCAACUGUGAUAUUUCAGAUGCCGAAAUGGAACGAAGGCGUCAAGAGUGGGUGGCACCACCUCUUAAGGCAACAAGGGGCACACUGUACAAGUACAUUAAGACGGUGAAAUCAGCUUCAGAAGGAUGUGUAACGGACGAAUAGAAUCGAAGGAAUUAAAAUUGUAACGAAUCUUAAAUAUGUUGGUGACAAGCUUUUGGUCCACACCAGUUUUGUUUGGUGCUCAAGGAGGGCAAGUCGUAUACUCAUUCCACUGUUCGAGAUGAAUCACGGGAGCUUGUGGUGACGAGCAGUUGCUCCAAGCUACUAUCGAAAUUCAGAUUUUGACCUUGUCACUAGUGACAGUGAGAGUUAGAGUAAGUUCGUACACCUCGUUUUAGUUGUGGGAUGAAAGCCAAUUCUUUGGUGUAGUUGAAGAGUUAUACUACCCUUUUAAUAAAAUCGGCAUUCUCUUGGGGAAAUUACUCCUGA